AAAGUGAAAAGCCUAUUAAAUAUCUUGUUCUGGGCAGCUACACAACACCAGUAGCUAUAAAGGCCGACUCUGAUGACUCUCCUCUCGAGCAUCUUCUUCAUUUUUCCACCAUCUCACAAACUUAACAUUCUCUUACUUCAUCUCAGACCAUAGCCACAACAAGGUUUUCUUUUGUGUAGAAAACUGGAUUCCCUUACUGAAGAUUUUGUCCCUUGGACUUAAAAGAGAAGACCCAUUUGGCUCUGUUUCAUCUUCAUCUCUUUUUUUAUAUAAUGUUUGGUUUAUUUGUUUGGGUCGCGGAGAGUUCUGUACUGGAUGUCCACUUCUGAUGCCAAUGUGAAUGACUCCGUGACUGGUCACAUUAUAUCCACUACAAUAGGAAGAAAAAAUGGGAAGCCCAAACAGACUAGAACUUAUCUGGCAGAACGCAUUGUGGGGACUGGGUCAUUUGGAAUUGUCUUCCUGGCUAAAUGCGUGGAAACCGGGGAGCUAGUGGCCAUUAAGAAGGUUUUACAGGACAGAAAAGGCAAGAGUCGUGAGCUACGGUUAAUGCGCAUGAUGGACCAUCCAAAUGUGAUCUCUCUGAAGGACCGUUUCUUUUCCACUACAAGUGAAGAUGAACUUUUUCUUAAUUUGGUGAUGGAAUAUGUUCCAGAGUCUAUGCAUCGAGUCUCAAAAUUCUAUAGUAACACUAAUCGGAGCAUGCCACUUAUCUUUGUAAAACUUUACAUGCACCAGAUUUUCAGGGGGCUGGCUUAUAUCCACACUGUCCCUGGAGUUUGCCACAGAGAUUUGAAGCCUCAAAAUAUACUGGUUGAUCCUCUUACACACCAGGUUAAGAUAUGUGAUUUUGGAAGUGCAAAAGUGCUGGUUAAAGGUGAAGCUAAUUUAUCACACAUAUGUUCACUUUUCUAUCGGGCACCCGAACUAAUCUUUGGUGCCACUGAGUACACAACUUCAAUUGAUAUUUGGUCAGCUGGCUGUGUCCUUGCUGAACUGCUUUUGGGCAAGCCAUUAUUUCCUGGCGACAAUGCAGUGGACCAACUUGUAGAGAUUAUCAAGGUUCUUGGCACACCCUCUCAAGAGGAAGUUUGCAGUUCAAAUUCAAACAACAAUGAUUUCAAGUUUCCACAGAUAUUCCACCAAAGUAUGCCUCCAGAAGCAAUUGAUCUUACUUCCCGGCUCCUGCAGUAUUCCCCAACCCAUCGUUGUACUGCGCUAGAAGCAUGUGCACACCCAUUCUUUGAUGAACUCCGUGAACCCAAUGCUCAAUUGCCAGAUGGUCGGCCAUUUCCCCCUCUAUUCAACUUUAAACAAGAGUUAUCCGGAGCUUCUCCGGAGCUUAUUGAUAAGUUAAUACCUGAUCAUGCGAAGCUACAACAUACUCAUUUUGGUGGAACAUGACUUAACAUGUGCAAGGUGUAUUCUAAUGGAUACAAGUUAAAAGAGACUCGGGUUCUGGAUUGCAGCCACCAUCUGUAUGGAUGAGUACCUUCAAAUUGAAGCUGUAUACCUAAACAUGGACAGGACAAUGUGUAUGCAAUUGUAACUGUAGAUAUCAAAUAUGUAAUGUGAGGUUUUUUAGAAUAAUACGAGAGAUUCAACACUGAUAAGUUAUGAAUAAGUUCAUAAUUCAGAAUCUUAAGCCGGUAUGUUUAUAGUUUUACUUUAAUAAGAGAGAUUCAACACGGAUAUCUUAAUAAUGAUCUUUUAUGAUA